AUGUUGCAACAACUCACCGCCAAAUAUCUCUGCGUGUUUGUUUAUGAAUCAGAAAUAGUUGAAACACGAUAUUUCAUCAAGAAAUUACUACCGCUUACAUUGAAAGAAUUAUGUUUGCAUGAUCCGACUCACAUGGUGACAUUUUGUAAACGAGCAGAUUCACUAUAUCAGCAAGAAUGGAUGCAUGGCCAUUGUGAAUUAUUGUCGCAUAUGGUUUGGGUGCAACCGUACAAACAUUUCAACACUGAAUACCCACAUCCGGUAAUCGACCCUCCAGUACCCGGCUGGUGGUUUUUUAUGAGCGAAAAUGUGGACACAGCUGAGGAAGCUACAGAAGUUACAGCAGUUGAGGAAUCUUCAAUUCCUCAACCACCAGCUGCUGCACAAGUCCAAUUACCACCAAAUGAGGAUCCUGGUGAAAUGAUGAUGGCUACUAUUGCAAGAUUUUUCGAGAGAAUGAUUGAUGACCAGUUGAAUGCAGAAUUUAGUGGUAGAGCUCCAACAGAUUUGACGAUACUUGAAAAUCCUAGCAGUAAUGUGGUAACACCCAACACUGCUAGUCAACUACCAGGACCAUCUAAUCAAAUUGACAAUCAUUUAGAACGGACCACCGAUCGACCACGUAGAAGAUACGUGGUAAUAUCACGAGGUGGAAGAGGAAAUUUAAGUCACACUCUCCGACAAGCAUCCCCACAAGCCAGCAUUCAAUCCACUGCACCAACCCAAAGACCUACACCUGCAGAACGACAGCAAGGAACAUCUACAGCUGCAGAAUCUCCAGAUUCAGAAGAUUCGGAGGAACAAUCGAAUCAGGAUGAUAGCAAUAACGAAUCGGAUCAUUCUGGGUCAACGACGAUAGCAACAGCAACAACAGCAAGCACAAUGUCAAAUGCUGGACGAGAAAGACGAAAUAGAAGACAAGCUAGACCUUAA